CAGGGAAGGUUUAAAAGGUAGAUAAAUAUGAAAAUGCUUGGAAUUAUAUAAAAAUAACAAUUUUGGUUUUUCCUUUGGUGUGUCCCCCAUCGGACGAAUUCCUUUCGUUUGUUUUAAGUUUAUUUUAUACAAAAGUUUAGGUCUUUUAUUUAUCGAUUGAGGCACUACGAAGUCUGCCGGGUCAGCUAGUAUGAAAUAAAAAUUACUACAUAUUUUUUCUGUAGAUAGACAGGCUGAUACUGAUACACGUAGACAAUAUCACACAGCAAAAGCCGCCGAUAUGAGAUUAAAGUUAGUCGACAUUGUACUAAUGACCAGACAAUACAAAACACGAAAGUUUUAGGGCAGAAUAAGACAUCGAUAUUGGACCUAAUCUUUCUAACUCACAACACGUCCACUAAUAUUAAACAAUUCAUUAUUCGAUCAACUUAUCUAACGCCUGUAUUUUAUGAAAAUGAAAAUCCAAGUCAAACAAUUGCCUGACCUCAAAAUACUGCCAGUUGUGUAAUGCAACUUAAAAGUCUAAAAUUUUUUUUUUUUGAGAAAAAAAAAACAUUUCAGAAGGGUAAUCAGCACAAUAUUCAAACGAUUUUAGUCGUGCGUGUCUACGACAACUGUAAAGAACUCGAAAACUCGUAAAUAAUAUAACGAUAAUAGAAAACAGCAUAUUAAACCAUAAGCAUAGUUUUAAUUUAAUAAACCAAACUAAUCCAAUUUCAUACCUCAAAAUGAUAACGGAAAUGGAUUAACAAAAAUCUGAUAAAAUUUAUACCUGAAAUAUGUCAUUACAAGAAAACAAUUCAAUCGUUAUUGUUUUUUCCCCUCCCUAUUCUGAUAGCCUUAAGAGGCUAUUUCAGCUUCUCCUAGACAUGUAGGCGAGCUCACGGGGCUCAAACCGGAGUGUUGCUAACGCUGGCCCUAGCAAGAGCAGUGCUUCGCAGAAUCUACCACCGGAUCGGAAACGCGACCCACUGAGAAGAUUUAGAUUUCGAAAUAUUAAAACUAAUUAGGGAACUUCGAUAAUAGUAUUUACUUGAAUUAGUUCAUGUCAUUUAAGUAGAGCCGUGUACUACACUCGUUUCCAUUAGAAUGUACGGAGGAAAUGAGGUAUCUGCAGCAGGCGCGUGAUUUGCGAUCGUACCGACUCGCGCAGGAAGCCAGCUGUGAUUUAUCGCGCCGGAACCUAUCUAUCUAGCCUUUGCGACUGAAAACAGCUUUGUACUGCUGCCUAUAGACAGAAUAUAAAUCAUUAACAUACCAAUAAAGUCAUCGAACCGUGUAACGAAGCACUAAGUAUAGAGAAAAUUGGAUAAUUGGAGAUUUUAUUUUCCUACCUAUGCUGAUAGGUUUGAGAGGCUAAAUCAGCGUUAUCCUAGCAUAUAAGUGAGCUCUCGAGGUUCAAGCCAAGAGGUGUUAUUAACGCUGACCCUAGCAAGAGCAGUGCUUCACAGAAUCUACCACAGGAUCGGAAACGCGACCCACUGAGAAGAUCCGGCGAGAACCUCAGUGGGCUGUGUCUAUGGGUUAGUUUAUUCGCCGAAUCCGAGAACGCUGACCGGAACUUGAGGUACCUAAAAGCACCGUAAACGGUUAUUAUUAAAUUAAACAAACUAUUGUAAAUUUCCAAAACGAAGGUGCUUUUAAACUUUAAUAAAACUACUCCAAUCUUUACAAACCGACACGUCGGCUUUAAGGAAAACAAAAAGUUACGUUAGUAAGAGGCAAUGCGAGUCCCGUCUAAUGACAGCGAUCCCGGCUAACGUUAGUCAUCGGUAAAUCUUCACGAGUCCGGUCUCUUGUGACAAGCGAGUAUUCUAAGUUGCGGCACGUCAAAGGCUCUAUUCGUAGAAGUACUGAGUAAAAACCAGUCUGCGGGAGCGCGUUCCAGCUCGCGUGCUCGGCUCGCGUCGACCCCAGACGCACGCGCUGAGCUCCUAAGCCCUACCGUAUAAAAGGGCCCCCACCCUUCCUGAUUCUAUCAUUCCCUGCCGAGGCUUCGUGCGUGCACGUCGCUUUGCACAGCAACCUUGUAAAUACGUAGUCGUACGUUAGACUAAGUUUUCUAUUCGUUAUGUGUUUGGCUAAGGAUGAACAAUCACCCCCGAAAAAGGCGAUGUCUCCUAGAUCGCCCUGGGCUAAGCUCUUAAAUCAGAACUCCAAGCCUCGAUUACCUCGGAAAGUAACAACUUCUACGCGGGUGAAUCUUAACAAGUGCUGGUCGAAGUUGGGUGAACUUAUAUCCAACGCCGGACCUCGCUCUGACCUACCAUCGCAAAAGACUGUAAAUGAUGAAGAACCUCUCCUGGUGCCUUUCUCUGAUUUCUUCUAUCCAGUGGAGCCGUACAAAGCGGUGCCCGUCGAGGAGAAUGAUAACGCGGAAAACCAGAAUAUCCUGAACUCCAAUCGCUUUGAGCUGAUCAACGAUGCCUCUGAACAAGACGAGAACAUGGCGAACGAAGUGCGCGAGAUCUGCUACAUGGCGACAAAACAAAACUGUUUCGUAUGUAAAUUUUGUUAUUAAUACCUUCUAUUCAAAACUAUCCAUACUAAUAUAAUGCAGUGAAACAAAAUCCUGUCUUCCACGAGUAGAUUUAGUGAGCGUCACGACGCGAAUCCAUCGUCUUCCAUUAGAAUUAGUGAUGUGGUGUAACAUUUUGAUGCCUCGUUAAAGCGAUUUCGUUUACAAUCUCGAUGAGUUUAGGUUUAAAUUCGUUUGGAAGUGUCGUAAUGUCGCAUCACAUUUAGAUUUACAGUGUAAAUUUUUGACGAGUUUUGGUAGACAGCUUUAAUUUAACUGCACUGUUAUCAUCGCACCCCCUUUCGGCUAUAUUGUCUUGCAGCGCCGGUCUUCUUCAAUAAUUACGUCUCUGUUUCGAUCCAAUGUCUUCCAUUAGAAUGUUUAGGUGAUCUGUGAUAUUAGUUUGUUAUAUUAAGAAGCUUUAAUUCGUUGUUAAGCAAAAAUAUUAACCUCUCUAAUUGUUAGUAUAAGUUUAUAGAUUGAUAGAUUCAAUUGAAUAUGUAUUUUAAGUCUAAUUAAUCUUCUAAGUGAUCAAAAGCUUUAAUUAUUUUUAAGUUAGUAUUAGUUAAGGAAAUAUUACUUAUAUAUUACUUUAGUUACUUAUGUUUACAUAAAUAUUACUUUAGGUUGUAUAUCUGUCACUAUUAUAAAAUUAUUUUAAAAGAAAAAAUGAUUCGAAAUUUAAUUAAAAGGGCCGACCGUGCCAAUGUUAUCUUUUAAGUUUUAUCUUUUUAAUUUUCUUUUUGUUUAUAAGUGAAUUCUUCCUUAUGUGUCAAUUGUACUGCAUGUCUUAGAAUUAUCUUUAGAUUAAUUUAGUAAAGUAAUUUUAGACUGAUACGUUAAUGAACUGAAGACUUUCGUUUGAUCUCUGUAUCUUUUUAGUUAAAUAAAGUAUUAAAUGAUA